GUAUGGUGUGAUUGGGUAACAUUUGACUCGAAAAGCUGUCCUGUUCCUUUUAUCUUUCUUUGCAAUUUUACCCCAAAUCUGUGAGUGUUCAUAAAGGGCAGCUAGUGGGCAGUUUGGUUGCAUUCGACUGGAGAAGCUGCUCAUCUCUCUUAGUUGUUUUCUGUGAUUUUACUCCAAAUCUGUGAGUGUUCAUUAAAGGACCAAUAUGUGAUGAAUGGUAAACAUUGACUAAAAAAAAAGGCUGUUGAGAAAUCUCUCCUUUUAUUUUGUGUGAUGACUGGAAUGUAUUAAACAGUAAACAGCUGACUUAAGACUCCGAUUUGACCAUGGAGGAUGUGGGGCCCCCCAAUGGAUCCCCGACCCACUUUGGUUCCCACGGCAACCUUGCUGCAUCUGCUGAUUAUGACUACCUCAUCAAGUUCCUGGCUCUAGGUGAUUCUGGCGUGGGAAAGACCAGUUUUUUGUACCAAUAUACAGACAGACAAUUUCACGCCAAGUUUAUCUCAACUGUAGGGAUUGAUUUCAGAGAGAAGCGGGUGGUUCACCGUGUCCCUGGAGCAGACGGUGUUGUUGGGAGGAGUCACAGGAUCCACCUACAGCUGUGGGACACCGCAGGCCAAGAGAGAUUUCGAAGUCUCACAACAGCGUUCUUCCGUGAUGCCAUGGGCUUUAUCCUACUGUUUGAUCUGACCAAUGAGCAAUCCUUUGUCAACAUCAGAAACUGGCUGACCCAGUUACAGACGCAUGCGUACUGCGAAAAUCCCGACAUCAUUCUGUGUGGAAACAAGGCAGACCUAGAGGACCAGAGAAAAGUGUCUGAAGAACGGGCCAGGGAUGUUGCUGAAAAGCAUGGGCUUCCAUAUUUUGAGACGAGCGCCGCGACUGGUCAAAACGUUGCUAAGGUCGUGGAGUGUUUGUUGGACAUGGUGAUGUUAAGGAUGGAGCAGUGCAUGGACAAAACGCAGCGACCAUUCGCACAAAAUGGCCGCCGACUGCAGAAAGGAGAGAUUGACGAAUAUAACCGAGACUCCAAAUGUCUCUGUUAAACACGUGUAUGACUGCAGACUUUAAGGUUUGGAAGGAAUAUAUUUCAUACGCAUUUUGUUUAUGAGUUGUCUCCCAUUGCGAACCCUAACUGCGACACUUUCUAUGUUAUUUGUUAUUGUCGGCAGAUUAUACGAUUU